UGCUCGGUCACAUGCGGUGGUGGUGUGCAAAGACGUCGUGUAUGGUGUGAAGAUGCGGUCACAGCACAGUCUCAAGACGAGGGUGAAUGUCGAGACGCAAAACCGAAGACAGUACGAGAUUGCGAGCUACCGCCAUGUCCAAUUCCUCAACGUCAGUCGCCAGCCGUUUGGCAAGCGGCUCCAUGGAGUCCGGUACGUCGCAGAUACCGUAAACGUCCACAUAUUUACAGCCACCGUAGGUGGUCACAUCGCAUUUGGUAAAGCGCUUUCGCCUUGUUAUUUAGUCGCCACUGAAAAUGCCAUCACCGCACUGCUUUUCAUUGAGUUAUUGUAUACUCGAUAGAG